AUGGAGCCAAAGCCGAAGCGAAUCAAGAUUGAUGUGGCAUGCGAAGCAUGCCGGAGGAGGAAGGCUAAAUGCGACGGGGCACGACCAGAUCUGAGGGACGGGUGUAAAUACAGCUCCGAAGCCGUCGAUAAAUCUUUCCCGAGAGAGAGGACUGGCGAGGUCAGCCCAAGCAGUUCCGGGGGGAGAUUGCCAAAGAGUAUACACACGCCGCCAGAUGCCAGCUUUGUGCAACCUUUGACGGCGCCCACUACUCGUCCACCUGCAACAGUAGAAUCGACGACGUCCCCAGGGCCGUAUCUCGCGAGGCGAAGCCGCUUUGAAAGGCAUCCAGUAACUCCAUCUGACGCUAGCCCCUCGGUUGUUGACUCGAUGACCACAGUCCGUGAAGACGGGAAGGUCACCGGAAGUCAGGCAGAUUACGUCUUACCGGCUCGGAAGCAGGCCGAUCACUUGAUGGAUCUCUAUUGGUAUUACGUCGACCCGUUAUACCCAUUUCUUGACCAGCAGAGAUUCGAGCAUUCUUACAGAGCACUCUUCGCCGGGACCACGAUCGAUGCUGACGAACGCAUCUUCGUGAGCAUUCUUAACCUCAUCUUCGCGCUCUCCACGCAGUUGAUUGAGUGCAUGACGCCCGAGCAACGAUAUUCGUCUAGCCAAGCAUACUUUGAACGGGCGCAGGAUCUGCUUCAAUUCGGCCUCUGGGGAUCGGUCGUGAGGAUCGCCCAAGGCCUUGGGUUGCAUUUGCCCGAGACGUCGUCGGGGCUUUCGAGCGAGUCCGAAAGGAAUCUCGUUAAACGCAUCUGGCAUGGAUGCCUCCUGAUGGACCGCUUUUUGAGAAUCAGCGAACCCGAAACAACUUUGGAUGAGGUGUUCCGGAGACAGGCGGUAAUUCUGCGCAUCAGGCUUCUUCACGCUCGCAUGCCGCUCCUCAGACCCAUGCUUGCUUGUUUCUGUCUAUCGCAGUCCCCGGAACCAUCCCGGGUCCAUGAUGACCUCUCUUCGCGCGUCGUGCAACAGUGCGCGAUGCCGGCGGUAUUCUCAUCUCUGGAUAUUUCCCGCUCGUGGAACCAAGCGAUGGGCCUUCUCCACGACCACGAAAGCCUCAGUCCGUCAGCGAGGAGAUGCACGGCGGCGCUGCAGAUCCUCUCGACAAAGAUGUUCCAGGAGCAGCAACCGCAGUCGACUAGUCUUCCGAACUCGGAGGUCAACCCAGCCGUGCCAAGCAUGUCCAAUGAUCAGCAAGAGACCUUUGAUAUGCCUUUUCCGUCCAUGGAGCAAGAUACUGCCUUUGACAUGGACGCAAUAUCCUUCGACGUGAGCGACUUUUCCUGGCUCAACAGCAUGCCGGGAAGUUUGUAG